GUUUUUGAGGCAAAGGGCAACAAACCGGAAAUUGUCCUCACAUUGUUGGAAUGCGGAUAUUUAUUGAUAGCACAAGGACAAGAAAGCUUGGACACCAUACCUUUGCUCCAAGGCCUUGAAGCUCCUACAGUGCAACACAAAUCUGAUAAUCUGAUCCUUCGAUUUACAGUAAAGGGGGAGACUCGCAUGAUAAGGAUGCAGUUUGAUGGAAGCAGCACAGCAGAAGCCAUAAAUCAGUGUUCAAGUGCUGUGGAAAAACUGAUGGUGCAUGUACCUGUCACCACUCAGGGUGUUGCCUCAGUACAGCCAAAUCAGCCCCCCACUGAAGUCCCUGCACCAGGAACACAGCCAUCUUGUCAGGAAAAGACUGCUGGGACCGGAGAGAGAGAGGUUGUCCAGGGAACUUUGUCUAUCAAGCGCCUUGCCCAGCACUUCUUGGGAGACACUCCUGUGGCUCUCCCUCAAAUGUAUAACCACAGCUCUUUGGCAGAAGGUGACUUGGAGCCGUUUCUGCGAGUUUGUCUGCUGGAUCCCAGCUUCCCUGCAUUUGUAGAGAAGGUAGAAGAGGAGCUCAAGAAACUACUUAAAGAUUAAAACAUCCAAAGGCAAAAAAGUCAAGUCAGUGCCAGCUUUGUUUCUGGGGUUCAGUUUGUGCAGGAAGUGCUGGUUGGUGGUUAUUUUUUCCCUUCUUCUUUCUUCACCUGUGUUAUUUACACUUUUAUCUCACGUUUAUUGCUAUGGAAUAUGGCUUAAAGUAAAUGCUUUCAGUUGUGUUUAAUUUAGGCAAAUUUGCAAUACAGAGAAGUUAAAAAACAAAACAAGGAGUUCUGCAUAUUUUUUUACAUUAUUCUUUUUUUAUUCAGAAAAAAAUAUUGGUCUCACUCAUAUGUUUGAUCGUGGCUAUAUACUCUGGUCCCUCUGUUCCCAUCCAUAAAGCAGGUCCAUUUCCACCGCAACACACAUUUAUACAUUGUAUUGAAAGAGGAGUCAUGCAGCUACAGCAGUGAAUUUUGCUAUGCCAGCUUCCAAGUGAUCCCACACCGUUAAAGCUUCACUGAGUAAAACAAACUGCCCUCCAUAUAUCUAUUUAAGAAUACAUAUUGCAUAGGAUUAUAGCCAUGCUAUACAGUUAAAGAGAGGAAAAAAAA